UUUUUUUUUGAAUUUAUAGUAAAUAUUGGCUCUAGUUUUGAAGCCCCGGGCUGCUGGAGGUGAGAGCAACAAGUCUUACAAGUGGCCUUAUUCCAACCCUAGAAAUCCCCAAGUAGAACUUUGAAUCUUACUUUAUAUCUAAUUCUAAAGCAACAGGAAACAUGCCAACUCAAUCCCUCCUUGUGUACAUGGAUGGACCAGAAGUCAUUGGUGGUUCCCUUGGCACCCAGAUGGAGGUAGAUGAUGCCAUGUCAAUCAAAGGGGCCACUGCUGUUCCUUUCAGAGCUUCUCAAGAGAAAAAUAUAAUCCAGAUAGAAGGAUAUAUGCCCUUGGACUGCAUGUUUUGCAACCAGACCUUCACACAUGCAGACGACCUUAAUAAACAUGUCUUAAUGCAACAUCGGCCUACCCUAUGCGAGCCCGCAGUUCUGCGUGUGGAAGCGGAAUAUCUCAGUCCUCUCGAUAAAAGUCAAGUGCGAACAGAACCUCUGAAGGACAAGAAUGGCAAAGAAAAUGAAGAAUUUAGCUGUGAAGUGUGUGGGCAGACAUUCAGAGUUGCUUUUGAUGUUGAGAUCCAUAUGAAGAAACACAAGGACUCUUUCACGUAUGGGUGCAACAUGUGUGGACGGAGGUUCAAGGAGCCGUGGUUCCUGAAAAAUCACAUGCGGACACACAAUGGCAAAUCGGGCGCCAAGAGCAAGUUGCAGCAGGGCCUGGAGAGUCCGGUCACGAUCAACGAGGUGGUCCAGGCUCACGUGGCUGGGAGCAUCUCGUCUCCUUACAAAAUCUGCAUGGUUUGUGGCUUCCUCUUUCCGAAUAAAGAGAAUCUCAUUGAACACAGCAAGGUGCACACCAAAGAAACUGCCUCCAGUGCCAGCAAUGCACAGAGCGACCCCCAGGAAGAGGGCGUGCCAUCCCCCAGGGAAGAGCUGCUGCAGUUUUUAAACCUAAGACCCAAAGCUCACCUGGAGACCACUAGGAAGCCCGUUGUGUGCAUCCCGCAGCUCGACCCGUUCACCACCUAUCAGGCGUGGCAGCUGGCCACCAAAGGAAAGGUUGCCAUUGCUCAAGAAGAGGUGAAGGAGCCAGGGCAAGAAGGGAGCACUGACAAUGAUGACUCAUGUUCAGAGAAAGAAGAACUUGGAGAGAUUUGGAGUGGGAAUAAAUCAGAAGGUUCUGGAAAGUCCAAAACAAAUAAAAGCAGUUGUACCAGCCUCUCGCAAGACAAAGAGAAGGCCAGACAGGCCAAUGGUGAAGUGCCUUCUGCAGAUGCAGAUCCCAAGUUGGCCGGUAACAAGGAGAAGCCCACGCACUGCUCUGAGUGCGGCAAGGCCUUUAGGACCUACCACCAGCUGGUCCUGCACUCCCGAGUGCACAAGAAGGAUCGGAGGGCCGACGCUGAGUCACCAACCAUGUCUGUAGAUGGAAGGCAACCCAGGACGUGCUCCCCGGACCUCGCCACUCCUCUGGAUGACAGCGGGACCGGGGACCGAGUUGAAGGGGGUUCUGAAGAUGGGUCCGAGGAUGGGCUCCCUGAUGGGCUGCAUGUGGAUAAAAACGAUGAUGGAGGAAAAAUAAAGCAUCUCACAUCCUCGAGGGAGUGUAGCUAUUGUGGGAAGUUUUUCCGUUCAAAUUAUUACCUCAAUAUUCAUCUCAGAACGCACACAGGUGAAAAACCGUAUAAAUGUGAAUUCUGUGACUAUGCCGCAGCCCAGAAGACAUCUCUGAGGUACCACUUGGAGAGACACCACAAGGACAGACAGAUGACUGACGCUGCUGCCGAAGUGAAGAAUGAAGGCAAAAGUCAGGAGACCCAAGAUGCACUGUUAGCCGCCGACAGUGUGCAGACCAAAAAUUUAAAGAGAUUUUUUGAUGGUGCCAAAGAUAUUAAAGGCAGCCCACCUGCCAAGCAGCUUAAGGAGACGCCUUCUGUCUUCCCGAAUGUUCUGAGCAGUGCCGUCCUCUCACCAGCACACAAAGAUACUCAGGAUUUCCCUAAACGUGCAGCUGACGACAGCACUGAUCAAGUGGGCAAAGCGGCUGCUCCUGCUUAUGUGGACAUGUUGAAAAAGAGACCAGCGGGUGAACCUCAGGCCAGUAGCCUUGUCGGUAACUCGGAAGCAGACUUGGCUCCUGCAGAUGUCAGCGCUGCCCGGUGUGGCGACAUCGGCCACAAAGAGAAGCAGAUGGAGACCACGGCCGAUUGCAAGCCUGGUGCGGACUGUCAGGAAAAACCUUUGAACUUGUCCCUUGGGGCCUUUCACAGUUGCCCUGCAAUCUCUCUGAGUAAAAGUCUCAUCCCCAGUAUCACCUGCCCAUUUUGUACCUUCAAGACUUUUUAUCCAGAAGUUCUAAUGAUGCACCAGAGGCUGGAGCACAAGUACAACCCCGACAUUCACAAAAACUGCAGGAAUAGGUCUUUGCUGAGGAGCAGACGGACUGGCUGCCCUCCUGCCCUGCUGGGCAAAGAUGUGCCUCCCUUGCCCAGCCUCCACAAAGCCAAGUCCAAGGCUGCUCUCCCAGCGCAGCCCAAAUCUCUGCCGCUAGAGAAGGGGCGGCAGGGCCCCUCAGGGCCAGGCAAAGCCCCUCUGACUUUAGGGACAGACUCCAGCACUUUAGCGCCAAGUAACCUGAAGUCACAGAGGCCACCACAGAGCACUGGGGGCCCAGGGGCUGUCAGACAGCAGCCAUCGGAGAUGUUUUCCAAGACCAGUGUUUCUUCCACUCUGGAUAAAACGAAAAGGUCGGAGACAAAGUUGAAACCACUGCCAGCAGCCUCUUCCCACGCUGCCGUGCUCAGCAGCAGUAAUAGCAAUGGAUCCAUGGACUACCCUCCAAAGGGCGAGGGCCCCUGGGCUCCUCCAGGGAGGGACUAUUUCUGCCAUCGGAGUGCUAGCAGUAACUCAGUAGAGACUGGCGAGCCGCUUCCCAAAAGACUCAAGCCCAACGUGGUAGCCCUUGAGGUGGAGCAGUCUGGGCCCAACAGCAGAAGGGGCUAUGAGCUGCCCAAGUACCAUGUGGUCAGGAGCAUCCCCUCACUGCUGCCCCAGGAAUGUGUGUGCCCACCGCCAGUGCUGCCCCCCAAACCCAGGUUCCUGAGUUCUGGGGACAUGGAGUCUCCGAGCGUGCUGACGGUGCCGAAGCCCUACAGCGGCUCGGGGCUGUUCACCUGUGGCCCUGCUGGGCACCCUGCCCCCAGCCCAGCACUUGAAGGAAAGAGGCCUGUAUCAUACCAGCACUUAUCUAGCAGCGUGCUACAGAAGAGAGACUAUGAGAAUUUCAUUGGAAAUGCACAUUAUCGACCAAAUGACAAAAAAACUUGAUUUCCUAUUUUGGGGGGAAAAAAGGUCUUGCUGGAUAUAAGUGCGUACUCUCCAUGAAAAUAAAUUUUAGUUCAUCCUUUGAGAAAGCAAACGGUGAAAGCUACUGAGAUAAGCUGUGAUUGUACUGUACAUAGACAUGUGAGGACCUUCGAGGAACACUACGGUUUUGUAAAGUUGUUCUGUUAACAUUUGUACCAAAUAGCAAUAAACUAGUUGGCACAGUUGGCUGUAUACCAACAGGGCUGCAAAUUUCUUAUUUUGUCCCUGAAUAAUAAUUUUUUUUUUUUUAAGAAUUGACCAAAUAAGUGAAAUUUUUGCAUACUUGAGCGCUGCUGAAAAAAAAUCAUUUGGGAUGUGGGGGGGGAGUAUAUAAUGCUUGCACCUCAGGUAAAAAUAUAAAUACCUACGUUGUAAACCUGCUUGUUUAAAUACUGUGUAUUCCCUGCUCAGUGCUUUGAGCAGUUCUACUUGUCCUCUUUCCUUUAAAGUGUAUGUUAAAAAGUAUCAAUGAUUUGUAUUAUGUUGAAUUCUGCUCGAUCUCUUGUUGUCUUAACAAAAUUGUUCACAGAAGUGUCGACCCUGUGAAGAUGUGCUGCUGUCUCGAGGACAGCCACUCUGAACUUGGCACCUUUUACUGCAGAUGUCAUCAGAUGGCUCAGAGAAGAAGACUUGGUCUUCCUGGUGUGCCCAGCUUAUCCUGGAACCACCAGGAUC